AAAAACUUUGCGGAAAGUGGGUUUGUGGAAUUGUGUGCGAGCAUCUGUUUACUUUUGCUGCUAAAAAACAAAAAAACCCAGCAACAACCACCAGAAACCUUAGCGCCAAGCAACUUAUUAUAGGUUGCCUGAACUCCAAAUAUCUCCUGCUUGAAGGAAACUGAGUAAUGAAGGCUGAAUGCAAUUUCCUGUGGAAGAGGCUGGAGGCAGAGCUUACGGGGCGAGGGGGAGAGGCAGAAACUUGUCCAUUUGCAACCAAACAGUGCAAUAAAGGACAAGCUGCGGAGAUAAAGGAGUGAAGCAAAGCGCCCCCCCCCCAAUUUCUCAUGAAGUGUGUGAAAGACUCUUAAUAACGGGGCAGAGAGCCAAAAGUUGUGCUUUGACUCUGAGCCCAAUUUAAAAGGGGCUGAGUUGCUGGCAGCGAGAGAGAAACUUGUAUGGAGAAGACAGUAAGAUGACCCUCGGCUUGUGGGAGCGCCGUUAAACGAUUCACCCAAAGGCUCAGUCCGAUGUCCCAGGUGAGAAGCGAGCCGUCCCGCCGCUCUGACUCACUCCAUGGAGACCCCCAGGUGGAUCCGGCGCCCUUCCCAUCCCCCAGCGCAGGCCAAGAUACAAACACGUGCCCUUCCUCCAUGCCGAAUUCAGCGGUAGCACCAACUACUCCAAACUUGCCAACCUCAGCUCCUCAUUCUCAUAAUCAGACCACAGAUGUGAAGGAAGAAAACCCAUCACAAGAACACUCAGCAUCUUGCAGGUCCCUGGUGAAUGGAACAGCGCCCUCCAAGAGGAAGUCUGAGGACGACUCUGCAGUAGCGAGAGAAGCUAUAACACGUCAGCCCCAAAGCCGAGUAACUGUCCGGACCCCUCCAACCUCGACUUUGAUUCCCCUGCUGCAGAAUGGUGCUGGGCAUGUGUCAGACCUCAGUGCUUCUAACGGCGAAGCUGGGAAUGGUGCCUUGUGCUCUGAACGCAGCUCACUGUCGGGCUCCCAGAAGCCUCAUCGGAAGCUACAGUCUCAUCACUCCAUCAACAGCCAGAUCAGUAAAAAGAGCAAAGGCAGCUCCAAAUCUGCAUCAUCUCAGAUACCUACUGAGGCACAGGAAGAUUGCUGUGUCCACUGCAUCCUCUCCUGCCUCUUCUGUGAGUUCCUGACCCUCUGCAACAUCAUGCUGGACUGUGCCACUUGUGGCUCCUGCAGCUCCGAGGAUUCUUGCAUCUGCUGCUGCUGCUGCGGCUCUGGGGAAUGCGCCGAUUGCGACCUGCCAUGUGACAUGGACUGCGGCAUUAUCGAUGCAUGCUGUGAGUCGGCUGACUGCCUUGAGAUCUGCAUGGAGUGCUGUGGCCUGUGCUUCUCCUCCUGAGACAUGCAGCCAGAUCUCAUGCCCUGAAUAUAAACUGAAUGUGCGGGAAACCUUGGCAAUGAGGUCUCUCCACUGUUCUCCCCCACUAUCCAAUAAUCUGAAUCCAAAGAAGCUAAGUUUGAAACAGCAGAUGAGCCCUGCAGAGGGGACCAAAAUUCUGGGCUGCAGAACUGCUUGGGAACAAGAUGUGCAGGAUUCUUGAAGGACAAGUGGUGGGCGUGCUUGCUUUAUCUCUCCCCUCCCACCAGAUUCCUCCCAAUGGCAGCUGGGGGAGAGGAGUGUUCCUGCUGCCUGAGCCAAGAGCAGACAAAGAUUAGCUGCACAUCCAGCUAUGUUGCUUGGCAGGGAUCUGGAGCAGUCACACGGAGCCCAGAGAUGGGCAUGAUGUGCUGCCUGGGUCUAGCGUGCCCGUAAGCUGUGCCACCUACUGGCCGUCGGGUCCGGCUGCUGUUCGACUCCUGGGUAUUUCUCCCCUUAGUUCUGGUGCUUUUCGUUUGGCAAAAGUGCCUUAAGUGUACUGAUGUCAACUAGCUGGCAGCCUUGCUCUCUCCUGGCCAGCCACUGAGCAUCUCUGGCGCCCAAGAGGAUGGCAGCUAGCCUAGUGUGCCAAGAUGGAAUGUUUUCAUGCAGCUGCUUUGGGCUGAUCCCUGGCCCUGUAGCAGAAUUCUUCCAGUGGCAGAAAGAAAGGAAGCCAAAGCCUCAGAGCAGCCCCUAAUCCCAUGAGAAAGUGACUUGUGAGCAGCCCCUCCACAAUUGUCAGCAGCCAGGAGCUGACCUGUUCUGUGAACUUUUAAGAGGACUCGUAUCUCACCCCUAACUCCCCUACCCAAAUCCUUUAGUCAACCUUUUGCAGUGGACAUAUCGGUGCUGAGAUUAGACAGUCCCAUCCAGUCAUCUCCAUACACAUUCAAGGAUCUCGAUGACAUAUCUGGUGUUUGAAUGCAAUACUUUUAAAGGAGCUUUUUCCUGAGGAUGAGGAUGUACUUCGUAGGUGUGGAAGGGGAUAGCAGGAGCCUCAUUUCUGUGCCUUUUCCCCACAGCAGGCAAACACUAGGCCUAAUGCAAAUGCAGCAAUCCAUUUGAUACUGGACACUGACAUGACAGCCUUCCAAGAGAGCCAUCCAAAAUGAUAGCCUGUUUUGGGACCAUAAAGGGGAACAACAGAUACCGCUCCAAAUGUAGACAUUCUUGCCGUGGGAGUCCUCAAAUCCCUUUCAGUGAUGGGUUUAUAUUUUGUCUUUCCAUUGUUAUUUGUUACUGUAAAUAAAAUGUUAAAAAAUCA